CGGAGAAGGUCUUCAGGUCUCUGCUCUUGGCGUCUCUGGACUGUCGUUUUCCACCACCAAGUGAGGCUGAGGAGGGACCUCCUGGGCUCUCCCCGCAAACAGCAGUGCCUUUUCCAGCCAGCAGGAUGCCUGUGGCUUCCGGAGGCCCUCCCAGCUCCAUACUCUGUCUGUUGUCCAGGACUGUUGCUUUGGCUAAACAGGCUAACUCUCAAAACCCCAGUAUCAGACAGUCCCAUCUUAGUAUGAACUUGGCUCAUCUAGCCAGCUCAGGUGAGGACUCCAUCAGCACCCUGGGCCUGAUCCUCGGCGUGGGGCUCUCACUGCUGCUCGUGUCCAUCCUGGGCUACAGCCUGGCCAAGUGGUACCAGCGUGGGUACUGCUGGGAGGGGCCUAAUUUUGUCUUCAACUUGUACCAGAUACGGAACCUGAAGGAGCUGGAGGUGGGUCCACCCUUCACCAUCAGUGGCCACGUCAGCAGUUCAGAUGGAGGCUACAUGAAGUUCUCCGACAGGCUAGCCUGAUGGAGGAGUGGCAGCCUCUGGAGCCCUGGAGAGGACAAAGAAGAGGGUCAUCCACAAACCUGGAAGAGAGUCCUCACCAAGAACCAAAUUGGCUGGCACCUUGAUCUUGAACGUACAGCCUCCAGAACUCUGAGAAAGGUCUCUUAUGAAGCCCUCCCCCCUGCCCCGUGGCAGCCUGAGCAAAACUAAGUCUCCUCUUCCUUUUCUCUUCCUCUUGCCUCCGUGUCUUCUUUUUCCAUCUUUGUUCCUUUCAGGGCGCCUGUGGCUGAUUGUAAUGAUGUAUUUGUUAGUCUGUUAGCUAAAUGUCCAUCUCCCAGAUGGCUUCCUCCAUGAAGCUAGGCCUCUUUCGCUCCCUGUGGACCCAGGGCUGAGCACCAUGCCUGGCACAUAGUAGGUGCUUAAAAAUGCUUCUUGAAGAAAUGAAAUGCUUGACUACAAGUGCCUCCAACCAGGCCUCCGUGCAUCCUGCCUUGUCCCUUCUGACUCAUGCCUUACUCUUUGGCCAGGAUUGUUUUUUUGGAAACACUGACCCAACCCUUCCUUGAUAGAGUGUUUAUUGAGGCCCUCCGCACCCUUGUCGAAUAUUUAUGGGAGCCGGGCAAACGUAAGAUGAAGCUGAUAGUGAGGAAACGUGCUGGUAAUCUUUAAUAAACAUGCAUUUAAUUUUAAA